GCCGGCAUAGCACAUCAUUCUAGGCCUAGCCGCUGAUCGGGCAGGACUUGCCAGCUCAGAGACAAAGUCAGAAAGUCAGUCUUAAGUCGCGUUCUUAAACCGUUUUGUGCCUGUUUUCUUGUUGAGUUUUUGAAACAAAUUCGUUAAGUUUGGCGGUCAAGUGCCUUUUGUACCGUUUCGGUUCCUGUUUUUCGUCAUAGCUCGUGCCUUAUCCUUAAGAAGUAUUAUUAACCAGUCACACACACAAACACACACACACUUACACACACUGCGUUGUUGUCGUCAAGUGCCUUGAAGAGAAACUUUACUUUUUAAAAGACCUUAAGUCGAUGCGAUUCAAUCGCUGCUCAAAACUCUGCCACUAAUUUGCCUUAAAAAAACAAAACACAAAAAACACAUAAAAACACUAUAAAAAUUUGUUACCAAGCUUUACACGUUUUUAACAAUAUAUAUACAAAGUCAGACGUUUAUAUAUUACUUUACAAAAUUUACACAACGAAUGCCUUUAUACUAGAGAACACGAAAUUUUAAACGUUAUUUGUUAAAGUCAACGAAAAAAAUUGAGAUUUUCCACGUUAUUAUGAUGUAUACGCGUUUUUUAAGAUUUUCAAAAUUGUUAGCGGUUUUUGCCAUCGUUUUGUGUUGAAUAUUUAUAAAAAUUCAGUUUCGGUUCCGUACAAUUUGUUGUACAAAAACGGUACGCUCCGUUGCCAACACCACAAACGUGCCUCAGCUCGUCGUGCAGCUGCCUCGCAGGAUCUGCAGGAGUCGCAAGACUCAACUGACCCAGCGCUGCCGUCGCAGUCAACGAUUUUUAAAAUCCCCUUUUCAACACCCCGUAUUGCCUUUCGAUGACAACGUCAACCGAACGAUCGCCAAGAUCUUGUUAAACACCAACAAAAACAAAACACACUCUUAACACAACAACAACAACACAACAAACACACACUACGCCCGAGCGUGCCUUUAUAAGCAUUAAGCCCUAAACCGUAACCGUAAGCUCACGUGCCUUAAAGUUUUUCGAUCGUCAACUCACGAAAAAUUCAAAACAUCUUCGAAAAGAACAAAAUUGUAAACAAGUUCUCACGAUGAGCCUUACAAAGUGUUCGAAAAUGCCUUUUGCAUUUUCCACAUCCUUGGAAGUUUACCCGAGGAAACGACGACGAGGCGGAGGAGAGAGAGAUAGAAGAAAAGGAGUAGAGGAAGUCGAAGUGAAGCAGCAAAGACGACUCCAGGAUGUCCACACUAUCGUUGCGCAUCCAACUCGAGGGUGGCCGGGUGACCAAGACCAUACAGUUCCAACCCAACACCACAGUCUUCGAUGCCUGCAGGGUCAUUCGCGAUAAGUUCGCCGAGGCAGUGCAAGGACAAUCCAGCGAAUAUGGCUUGUUCAUCUCUGACGAGCAAAACCAACAAGGCGUUUGGUUGGAACCCGGACGCACCCUGGGCUACUAUAUACUGCACAACCAUGACACGCUGGAGUACCGCCGUAAGACGCGUACCCUUCGCGUUCGUAUGUUGGAUGGAGCUGUAAAGACUAUCCUGGUGGAUGACUCCCAGCCGGUGUCGCAGCUUAUGGUGGUUAUUUGCACGAAGAUCGGCAUCACCAACCACGAGGAGUAUGGCUUGGUUCGCGAGGACAACGAGGCGCAGAACGAAAACCUUCCGGACAACAAGUUCGGCACUCUGACCCUUAAGCGCAAGAUUAUGGAGAAGGAUCGUGAUGCCAAGAUGGAGAGUUUGCGCAAGAAACUGAAGACGGACGAUGAAAUGAACUGGGUGGAUGUGAGUCGCACCUUGAGGGAGCAGGGCAUUGACGAGGCAGAAACUGUUUUGCUCCGCCGUCGCUUUUUCUUUUCGGAUCAGAACAUCGACUCUCGGGACCCCGUGCAGUUGAAUUUGCUUUAUGUGCAAGCCAGGGACGCCAUUCUGGAUGGCACGCAUCCUGUGACUCAAGAUAAAGCUUGUGAGUUUGCUGGCAUCCAAGUGCAUAUUCAAUUUGGACCGCAUAAUGAGUCCAAGCACAAGGCCGGAUUUUUAGAUUUAAAGGACUUCCUGCCGCAGUCUUAUGUGCGCACCAAGGGAAUUGAGAAGAAAAUCUUUGUGGAGCACAAAAAGCAUACGGAACUUUCCGAAAUCGACGCCAAAGUCUUGUACACUAAGACCGCCAGGGAGUUGCCAACCUAUGGUGUUACGUUCUUCCUGGUCAAGGAGAAGAUGAACGGCAAGAACAAACUUGUACCCCGUCUGUUGGGUGUGACCAAGGAUUCGGUGCUGCGUCUAGACGAGCACACCAAGGAGAUUCUUGUCUCAUGGCCCUUGACCACAGUUCGACGUUGGGGCGCUUCACCAAACACCUUUACCUUGGACUUUGGCGAUUAUGCCAAUCAAUAUUACUCGGUGCAGACGACAGAGGCCGAGCAAAUUGUCCAGCUUAUUGCUGGCUACAUCGACAUUAUUCUUAAGAAGAAGCAGACCAAGGAUCAUUUUGGCAUUGAAGGAGACGAGGGCUCUACGAUGGUGGAGGAGUCUGUAGCACCUUCGAAGGCCACAUUCUUGCAACACGAAACGAAUCGACUGGAGCAACUUAAUGUGGAGAGCUUGGCUCAUCCAGGAAUCAUGCGCCCCUAUGACGGCGAGCGCACCUAUAGUCAGAACGAAGUGCAGACCGUCCAGUAUGGUGCCUUCGUCGGCCAGGUUAACCAUGCCCACCAGCCGCCAACGACUAAGGAAGUUCGCAUUAGUUCUGUGAAUCUGACGGAGCCACAGAGGGCUCUGCUGAGCUAUAUAUCUGCUGGCCGGGAUGUCUUAAUUCGCGCUGACGAAGAGCUGCGCACUAAGGCACCAAUUCAAGAGCUGGGCAGCGAUUUGCGUUCUAUUGAGUGGCGUGAGAACACCUUAGACACUUCCAAGCAGGCUGUAAGCAGUCAUGUGGCCACCAUGAGCGCUGCCACCGCUCAGAUUAUCACAGCCUCUCAUCCGGAUGAAGUCGACACAGAGGCCAUUUCGGCAUCUGUCUCCCAGAUUGCCCAAACCAUUCCCGAGGUGACCAAGGAAGUGCGACUGAUUGCCGCCUUGAUGGAGAACGACUCGAAUGGUGAUCAACUGCUGGAAGCUGCUCGUAACUUGUGCAAUGCCUUCAGUGACCUUCUCAAGGCAGCCGAGCCGGAAAGCAAGGAGCCGCCACAGCAUCUGAUCAAUGCGGCCAGUCGCGUAGGCGAAGCUACUACCCAUGUGCUGAGCACAAUUGCCGAAGAGGAGGUACCCGAGAACCGUGACCUCCAUGACAUGCUCCUAGCUUUGGCUAAGGCGGUUGCCAACACCACUGCUGCCCUUGUGCUGCGCGCUAAGAACAUUGCCGCCAGCUGUGAAGAUGAGCAGGCCAGGAAUCGGGUGAUUGGAGCUGCCAGUCAGUGUGCCCUGGCCACCAGUCAAUUGGUGGCCUGUGCCAAGGUAGUAGCACCCACUCUGCACAACGCUGCUUGUCGUGAACAACUGGAGGCGGCUGCCAGAAACGUGGCCAGAGCCGUCAACUCUUUGUGCGAGGUCUGCAACGAGGCCAGCAAUGAUCCCAAGCUAAAGGCUGAUCUUUUGGCAGCAGCCCGCGAUGUUUCGAAGAGCCUUACCGAUAUGUUGGAGCACGUCAAGUUGAGCUCCAGGGAGCAUGCCAAUCGGACCAGCACUGAACUGAGUCCCGUAGAGAACGUGAUUAUUGGAACUGAUAUCCUGGUAUCUACCCACGACCCACAGGAGAUGGUGCGCCAUGCCCGUACCCUUGGACAAACCACUGCUCAGCUCAUCCAGAGUAUCAAGGGCGAGGCGGACCAGCAGCAGGAUGCCGACAUGAAGCGCCAUUUGUUAUCCGCUGCCAAGCAGUUGGCUGAUGCCACCGCCAAGUUGGUAGAGGCCGCUCGUCUCUGCUCGUCGAACCCACAUGAUUCGGAUAACCAAAACGCUCUACGUAGGGCAGCUGAGGAGCUAAGGGAGAUCACCACUACGGCGGCUAACACACCGGCUAUGAAGCGGGGACUUAUUCAGCGUCUGGAAUUCUGUUCUAAGCAAGCAGCCUCAGCAGCAACCCAGUGCAUUUCGGCGGCCCAGAACGCGGUGCAACACAGCCAAGACCAUCAGACCAAGGAGACAAUCCUGCAGGAUAGCAAGCGACUGGCGGACACUAUUCCUCGACUGGUCACCUCGGUGAAGACAACCCGUGGGCAACCCGAUGACCCCAACGCCCAGCUGAAUCUCAUCGAGGCGGCGGAACAGUUUAUUGAACCAGCUCUGCAGGUGUCGAAAUCUUCAAGAGCUCUUCAACCCACUGUCACCGAUAUUCCAUCUGCUACCCAAUUAUCCAAGGGAGCUCUGCACUUAGGACAAUGUGUGUCGGAGCUGCAUUCAGUGGCCCAGCGUGCUCGUGAUGCUUGCGGUGGUCAGGAACUUGAGUCAUCCCUAGAGGAGGUGCGUAAACUGCACGAUGUGUUGGAUGACACUCGCCAGGCGGCUAUUGCUGGUCAACUGCGUCCUUUGCCCGGACAAACCGUGGAAAGUACGGCCGAUGAACUGAGGAAAUCUGCCAAGAAUGUGGGCAUCGCCUUGAGCCAGUUGCUUUCCUCUGUACUACACAACCAGCGUAGUUAUGCUGGAGCUGCUGGUCGAGACACUGCUCUGGCAUUAGGUGACUUCACCAGAAGCGUUCACGGAGUAGCGGCCACUACACAGAAUCCGGCAAUCAUCGACUGCGCUGAUGAUGUGGUCUCCAGCUCAGCGCGACUCAUUGAGCAGGCACAGCGCACAUUGCAGGGUGUAUCCAACCCGGAAGCCUUGACUCAAGCUGGGCGGGAAGUAACCGGUGCUCUAUCCGCCACAGUGGAUUGUAUUCCCGGACAGCGAGAAGUCGAUGUGGCUUUGAGGAACGUCAGCGAUCUGAGUGAGAUCCUAUCGAUGAGCGAAUUCCCACCCUCCAGCCGUCCAUAUGCAACUCUGCAGUCGGAACUCAAACAAGUGGCGGAGCAGUUGAGCACCGCUGGUGGCGAGAUUGUGGUUUCGUAUUCCUCGCCAGCUUUGCUGGCCGAGAGCAGCCAGAACUUUGCAGCCAAUUACCGAGACUUGCUGUCUGUUAGCAUGGAGAUGGCUGGCCAGACACAGGAGGAGGAAGUACGCUCCCAGAUGAUAGAGUCCCUGCGACAUGUCUCCACUCAGUCGUGCUCUCUACUUUCGACUGCCAAGUCGAUUGCCGCGGAUCCUGGCCAACCGAAUGCCAAGAACCUGCUGCACGCCGCUGCCCGAGGUGUUACGGAGAGUAUCAAUCAACUGGUGGAUGCCAGCAUCCAAUCCGCUCCUGGACAAAAGGAAUGUGACAAAGCUAUGCGCAACAUUGAAGCUUUGCGUCUGAUGCUGGACUAUCCUCAUGAACCCAUCAACGAGUUGGGAUACUUCGAUUGUGUAGAACAGGCCACAGGCAAAUCGAGGAACCUGGGCUACGCCAUCUCCGAAAUGAUAAACAACGCCAAGCAGUCGCAGCAUGUGGAGUUUAGUCAAUCGGUGAACAACGUCAACGACUCCAUCCAGGGUUUGAUUGAGAGUUCGUCACAGGCUGCCUAUUUGAUUGGAGUAUCGCAUCCUUCGAGUGUGGCAGGAAGACCUGGAAUCAUCGACCAGGCCCAGCUGACAUGGGCCUACCAGGGAAUCCGUCAGCACUGUGACAUUGUGAGCAGCCAGCAAUCAACCAAGCCGCAAAUGAUCUCUGCCCUCACGGUGAUUGCCAAGCACACCAGCUAUCUGUGCUCCAUUUGCCGUCAGGCUUCGAUGAACACCUCGAACCCCGUGGCAAAGAACGAGUUCAUUGUGCUCGCCAAGCAGGUGGCUACGGCUACAUCAGACUUGGUGCAGUCCAUCAAGGCCAUUGAGGAGCAACCAUCAAGCGGAAGUCGCGAACGUCUGGUAGAUCCUCUUUUAGAAGCCGUCAAAGCAGUGCGUCAGUAUGCUUCGAGUCCUGAAUUCAGCUCGGUGCCCGCUAAGAUCUCUGUGGAAGGCAGGAAAGCCCAGGAACCAGUCAUUCAAGCGGGUCGCGGUGUAAUCGAUGGUGUAGUGGAGAUGGUGAAAGCAGCUAAAUCGCUGGCCCUAUCCCCUGACAAUCCGCCAGUGUGGCAACAACUUUCGAUGCACUCCACCCCGGUUUCGGAGUCGGUUAAGCGAUUGGUGGACAACAUUCGCGACAAGGCCCCUGGACAGGCGCAGUGCGAGCAAGUGCUACAUACCUUGGGCACAUGCACACGGGAGUUGGACAGCUGUGCCCUUGCUGUUAAUGCUCAGGGUCUCAGCCAGCGUCGGGAUAACAACUUGCAUGGAUUCAGUGGCCAAACGAUGAACUCUGCUUCUGAGCUCGUUGACAAACUGGAACCUAUUCGUGUAGCUGGUAAGAACAACGCUGAGCAACUUGGUCAUGCUGUGGGUGAAAUCUCACGUUAUGUGGUGCCCAUGGUAAAUGGAGCUAUUGGAGCCUGCACCCACAUUGUGCACAGCCAACAGCAGAUGUCUCUGAUCCAGCAAACUCGUUCAGUGGUAGAAAGUGCCGUUACUCUAGUGCAGUCUGCUAAAGACUCGGCCGGCAAUCCUCGAGCAACUCAUGCCCAUCCCCGACUGGAUGAUGCUAUUGAUGGAACAAGGGAAGCCAUACUGGAGCUGCAGCAAACCGUGGAGAAGAUCAAUGCGGAGACGGGCAUCGUGACGGGAUUGAUGGAACAGGUUAACCGUUCCAUUACCCGAUUGACCGAUAAGCGACAGUCUCUGCUUAAUGCAUCAUACUCGGACACCUUUGUGGACUACCAGACUCGAAUGGUGGCGCGGGCAAAGGAGAUCGCCAGUCUGGCCAACGAGAUCAACGCCAAGAGCAGCGUAGAACCAGCGGCUCUGCCUCAACUGGCCGUGGACAUGACACAGCACUAUCAACAGUUGACUCAGGACUCCGUUGGAGCUAGUACCACUACUUCUUCCCCGGAUGUGGCCAUGCGUAUUCGCACUACGGUUAUCGAUUUGGGCCGCUCUGUUAGCUCUAUGAUUCAGUCUUCGGCUGGCGGGGCACGACCCAAUGAUGUGAGCGCCCAAAAGGAUAUUGCACGUAAUGCUCGUGAGGUGUCCGAGAAGGUAGCCCAGGUGUUGGCCGCUUUGCAGGCCGGAUCGCGUGGUACUCAAGCCUGCAUCAAUGCAGCUCAUACGGUAUCAGGAAUCAUCGGUGACUUGGAUACAACCAUUGUGUUUGCCACCGCAGGCACUUUGCAUUCAGAUGGAGAUGGUAGCUUUGCUGAUCACCGAGAGCACAUUCUUCAGACAGCAAAGGCUUUGGUCGAGGACACUAAGGUUUUGGUGACUGGAGCGGCUGGAACUCAGGAUCAGUUGGCCAAUGCAGCUCAGAAUGCAGUCUCAACUAUAACUCAACUGGCUGAGGCAGUAAAGAGAGGAGCUUGCUCCCUGGGAUCUACCCAACCCGAUUCCCAAGUCAUGGUCAUCAACGCCGUCAAAGAUGUGGCUUCUGCUCUAGGCGAUUUAAUCAACUGCACUAAACUGGCUUCUGGCAAGCCCAUCAACGAUCCCUCUAUGCAGGGUCUCAAGGAGAGCGCCAGGGUUAUGGUGCUGAAUGUGUCUUCUUUGCUGAAGACUGUGAAAGCUGUGGAGGAUGAGCAUACUCGUGGAACUCGCGCCAUGGAGGCAACAGUGGAAGCUAUCUCUCAGGAGAUUCGGGCCAUGCAUACUCCACCACCAGUUGGCAACACCCAGGUGGGACCUGAGGAUCUGAUCCGCGUGACCAUGAAUGUGACAGCCGCUACUGCUAAGGCCGUUGCUGCAGGAACCUCCAAUUUGCAAGCUGAUAUUGUAGCUGCCGCCAACCUUGGUCGUCGUGCCAUCUCUGACAUGCUUAUCGUUUGCCGUUCUGUGGCCUGGAAUUGUGCCGAAACGGAAGAGCUGCGUAGUCGUACUCUAGAGGCAGGAACUGCAGUCGGAGAAUCCUACCGAGAUUUGCUAAGUGGUAUCCUACAUAACUGCAGUGCCGAUGAUCGUAUGCACUUGUCCCGUCGCGUUGCCAAAUGCGUCACUGACCUGGUGGCCAUGGCUAGACUGCUCAAGGGCUCUGAUUGGAUCGAUCCCGAAGACCCUACGGUUAUUGCUGAGAACGAACUGCUAGGCGCUGCUGCUUCCAUCGAUGCGGCGGCCAAGAAGUUGGCUUCACUGCGUCCACGUCGCCAGGCCGAUGUCAAGAUUGAACUUGACGAAAACAUGAAAUUUGAUGAAAUGAUUCUGGAGGCCGCCAAGGGAAUAAUGGCAGCAUCUGCUGCUUUGGUGCGAGCUGCAAACGCCGCUCAGCGUGAACUCAUUGACACGGGCAAGGUGGCCCGUCGUCCGCUUACGAGCUCCGAUGAUGGCCAGUGGUCCGAGGGUCUCAUUUCAGCCGCACGCAUUGUGGCCGCCGCUACCCACAGUCUUGUGGAGGCUGCCCAGAACUUGGUGCGCGGCGUGGGCACCGAGGAGAUGCUUAUCUCCACAGCCAAGCAGGUGGCUGCUUCCACUGCACAGCUGCUGAUUGCCUGCAAGGUUAAGUCUAAUCCAAAUUCUGAGGCUGGUCGUCGCCUCCAGGCCGCUGGAAAUGCAGUCAUCAAGUCCACCGACAAUUUGGUGCAUGCCGCCCAGCAGGGCCUGGAAGCCGAGGAGGAGCAUUCGCUAAAGAUCAAUACAUCCAUGGUCGAUGGUAUGGCACAGGAGAUCAACGCCCGUUCAGCCGUGCUGCGAAAGGAGAAGGAACUGGAGGAGGCGCGCCAACUUCUGAAAAACGUACGCCAUGCUCAGCGCUAUGCAAAGAACGCCCAGGGAUUCACCACAGACGAGAGUGACACCGAAUACGCCUACAAGAGCCAGAACAAUACUUUGGGUCGCAGUGGUUAUUACGGUUCCAGCGAGAUGCCCAGUUCGCCAAGCUACCUGUCCGGUGGCCAGCAGCAGAAGCACCACUACAACUACGCUAGUCCCCAGCCGCAGCACUUCCAUCAUCCCGGAGCGGUGUCUCCACCGCCAUCCAACUAUCCACCGAUGGACGAUGGCAACGGAGACUUCCCACCACCGCCGCCACCGUUGUCUGCAACCAUUUCUAACAUGCAAACCGCCACGUCGGGUCACAGUUUCCGCCCUAAUCCCAAGUUAACAGCCAAUGCCGUGCCCAGGCCCUACCCAGGCAGUCCGGGCGGCAGCAAUGGCCUAACCUCUGCACCCACCGUCUCAGGCACACCCACUAACACAAACUACCAGCAAAGCUUUGAGUCGUCCAGCAUUAAAACGCUAAACUCAUCUCCACCGGCGGUGCCAAAGAAGCCUACUGCAAACCGAAAUCUGGCGGCAUGUGUGCAGGAUUUGCAUGAUAAGACUUUCGGUCAGGGCGGCGUAGUCCAGCUGACGGGAGGAAAUGGUUAUCCUGGUCAGAAUUAUGAAGGAUACACGUCCAGAUAUGAGACACGUAACUUCGACAAGUCAGCCAACAAUACCACCAGCAGCAGCAGUGAACUGGGAGUGAGCAAGCCCCUGGAAUCGAGUUUCUCACAGAUGACCCUCAACACCGACGGCGGCAAGAUUAGCAUUGUUGAUCAAGGUUCAGAGCGACUCACCUCGAUGACCCAGCGUGUGAUGGAGCGCAAGUCCUUCACGACAACAACAGAAUCCCGCUCGGAGACCAAGACGGAGAAGCAUAGUUUUCGAUUGGAUUAGGCGCUCCGAUUAAAACGAUUCUAGUUGCUUAAGUAAAUGUUCUAGCUUGGUGAUGAGCAAGUCGAUGUUUGCCAAAUGUGCUUUUAACAUUUACACACCCGUACACAUACUAAUAGAAAUAAUUUAAUAUUAAUUGUAAUUAGCCACUAGCGAAACUACAUAUAUACGCCUCUACCCAUACCAUAUAAUCAGCCGCAUAUUAACAACCUAAUAUUGCUAUUCAACUUUCUAUGUUUUCAUAAAUCUGUGUUCUACGUGUUUAUUUGCCAUUUAAUUGCCAAUAUAUAUUGAUAAAAGAUGUGCGAGAGCAUAAGCCAUAAGCAGAUUGCUUUUAGCAGUCCUAACUUAUUCAGGCAAAUCUUCUAAAAUCCAACGAAAUUAUAAUUAACCAUUAAUAAGCGUAACACCUACAAAUUUGGUUCUUCACUUUGUUGUUAUUUCGAUGCAAUUUAUUACUGUGCACUAAACAUGAAAUAUUAUUUUCUAACGUAAGAAACCUCUUGUUUUUCACCAAAAUGUAGAACAGUAAAUAUAUAUUAUAUGUUCUGCCGAUGUGAAUUUUAUUCGAUGUAAUCAAUACUUUUUAUUUCUCUUUGUAUAUACGUACGUAUGCGAAUCGUGUAUGCAGUUGCAUAUUUAAAUUGUGUAUUUUUUGUAAAUUAAUAAAAAAAACAAUAUUUUAACAAA